AUGAAAUCUUUUAAAACCCUGGCUGUUCUUUCCUAUGCCUUAGGAGUCGUCGUGGGCUUUAGUCCGUCUCGUCGUCAAGCUUCGAACUCGAUCCUUGGACCUAUCAAUCUCGGCAUACCAACGAGCCAGAUCGAUUCCAUCUCCAUCUCACUCAUUACUUUUUCCGACGAGGUUAUCGACAUAUCCGGCAUUUCAAUCUUUGGCAACGUCAAUGACGGUUCCGUCAACUGCACGGCCGAGUCAGACACCGGAAACGAUGCGCUUGUGGGACCGGUGCCGAUACCCGGGGAGGGAUCACGCCAAAUCAACCUGUCCCUGAUAACGUUUGCGGAUGAGGUUGUUGACUUCUCCAACGUCGCUGUGUUUGGAGACGUGAAUGAUGUUGGAUGCGAGUGA